AUGCGGUUACAGUUCAAAAACAUUUUUUUUGUUUGUAUGUGUUACCGGCUUUUGAUUUUCGCUCUUUUUUUUUCCGUCUGCGUGACAAUUACCGCUAAAAGUGUCUCUAAAGAUGGCUCACGUGAUCGUCGUAGUCCAUACAAGAGCGAUGAUGAAGGCGUCGAAGUUACCGCAAUGCAAAAAUUUGCUGGGCAUAUUCCUUGGAUUGAAUGGAGACAAUUGAUUCGUAUUGUUACUGCGGCCCGAUGCACUUUGUUAUCGACUCUUGCAGCUCCUUCAGCUUCGGGAUCGACAGAUUUGCCUGGAACGGGCGGAGAUAAAAAAAUGCAUUCCUUAGCAGCGGCCCAUUCAGAAUCUUCGAAUGAGAUAUGCCUUAGGCCCAUUAUGUUGCUGUUUCAUCAACAUGAAUGUCUUGCGUGUCAUGCGUUGUUAAAGAAUGUGGGAAUUAGCGCGGAAUUUGAGCUCUUGAGUGAGUACAUGACCAUGGUAGUUGCUGAGUCUUUGGAGGACAUAACCGAAAAAUAUCCAUAUCCUUUGCCACACUUUCACAAUGACUCUUUGUUUGUUAAUAGGGGUCGUAGGAAAGGGAAAUUGAGAAGAGAAGAAGCGGAGGCUCUGCGAGAGGCGUUUGCGGGACAAGGUGAAUACUUUCCUCGUGUUUUCUUUGUAUUUCCACAAAAUGGUAGUGUGAUGCCAAUAUUUAACGAAGAGGGGGAUUCUGAUCCGGCACAUCCACACUUUUACCAUGAAGCCACCUCAUUAGUGCGCAGCAUGAUGGUUGCCUUGUGGACUAUGAACAAGGCUGUGAGCUUUUCAGAGCUUUGA